AUGGCUCCACAGAAAAUAAGAUUGUAUAACGACGAUUAUAUAAAGUUUGGUUUCACGUUCAUUCAAAAGGAUGGUAUCCAAAUGCCACAGUGUGUUAUUUGUCACGUUGUGUUAAGUAACGAUGCUCUCCGAACAAGACAACUAGAACGACAUUUAACCACAGCUCAUCCGAUGCUAAAAGAAAAACCUAAAGAGUUUUUUGUUGCUAAAAAAAAUUCUUUAAAUAAAAUGAAACUUGACAGAACCGGAGAAUUUCAACAGAAUAAUGAAAAAAUUAUUGAAACUUCAUAUCACAUCGCCUUUAUGGUGGCUCAGCAAAAGAAACCACAUACAUUGGGUGAAACAUUAACAGUGGCGCAGGAACUAUUUUUCAUAAGGGGGGGCAAAACAUAA